AUGCGGCAGAGGAAUCAGACCUCUCUAGCAGACUUCAUCAUUGAAGGGCUCUUUGAUGACUCCUUCCUCCACCUUUUACUUUUCAUCUUGAUCAUGGUGCUCUUCCUGAUUUCGGUGAGUGGCAACACUCUCACCAUUCUCCUCAUCUGUGCUGAUCCCCGGCUUCAUACACCCAUGUACUUCCUGCUCAGCCAGCUCUUCCUCAUGGAUCUGAUGUUUGUCUUCACAACCAUCCCCAAGAUGGCUACCAACUAUCUAUUUGGCAAGAAGUCGAUCUCCUUUGUGGGCUGUGCCAUCCAGCACUUCUUCUAUUUGUCUUUGGGUGGUGCUGAGUGUCUUCUCCUAUCUCUCACGUCCUAUGACCACUAUGUUGCCAUCUGUCAUCCACUGCGUUACACUGUUCUCAUGAACAGAAAGGUGGGACUGAUGAUGGCUGUCAUGUCAUGGUUGGGAGCAUCCAUAGAAUCGCUAAUUCACACAGUGUUCUUGAUGCACUUGCCUUUCUGUGAGCCUCAAAAAAUCUACCACUUCUACUGUGAGUUUCCAACUAUUGUGAAGUUGCUAUGUGGAGAUGUUACUGUUUAUGAGACUGUAGUGCUCAUCAGCAGUGUCCUACUUCUCCUCCCCAUCUUCUUGAUUUCUACAUCUUAUGUCUUCAUCCUCCACAGUGUCAUUCAGAUGCAUUCAGAUGGGGGUAAGAGAAAUGCCUUUGGAACCAGUAGCUCUCACCUCACUGUGGUUUCCCUCUUAUUUGAUGCUUGCAUCUUCUCAUAUAUGAGGCCUAGGUCUCAGCGCACCCCAUUGCAAGACAAAAUUGGUUCUGUGUUCUAUAGUAUCAUUACUCCCACACUGAAUCUUUAGAUUUAUACUCUUCAGAAUAAGGAUGUAGCUAAGUCUCUGAGGAGAGUGUUGGGGAGAGACAUUAUCACUCAAAGACAGUAAUUGCAGUUGCCUUGAGUAUAAGAAUGGAAUGGGAUUAGCUCCUUAAAUUUAUCUGGGUAAAUCCCUAAGAGUUUUCAAGGGUCAAGAUCCAUGAUGAC